AUGGCUUCUCCUCCUCUUUCAGGCGGUCCUCCCGCUUUCGAUCUUGACUACUAUCAAUCUUCCCCGCCCUCGUCUCAGGUUCGAAGGAAACCGCUACCGCAGACUAAUGCGCUGACGGACGCUGAUUACUAUCCCCCUUCUCCCUCUCCUGACAACGAUAAACACGCCUCCAUUCCCCCUUCUGCUCUCAGGUCACCCUCCCCUUCGGUGGAUGGAGACUCCUAUAUAUCGGUGCCAAGGAAUCCCAAUAGAUACUCUCGAGGUCGACAUUCGACGAAGCCUCUUCGCAUUGAUACCGCCGCUUCCGCCGCGUUCCUGAGGUCGGUGGUUGAGGACGACGACGAUUCCGAAGAGGGCGCCGACUUGUUCGACGACGAAUACGCAACCCAAUUCUCGCAUGGAAUCGGAACUCCCCUGCAUAGUCGUCUAGUGAGCGAGCCUUUCAUCCCGAUUCUCAGAUCUCCUCCAACCCAGCGACGCGCAACGAGUAUGGCUUUGCAGCCGCAUAUGAACCGGCCACCACCCCUGCAUAUUGACAUUGAUCAACGAUCAAUGUCGAUGAGUAGCGAUCGUCAACCGAAGACACCCGGAAACAAGAUCAGCUCCUUCUUUGGCUGGAAAGGCAACACAGCUACCUCCCCUGGUGGCGAGUCUUCAAGUACUGAGAUCUCCGACUCUGGCCGUUCACCUAUGCCAUCCCCAAUGCCUCCUUUACACAACGUACCUAUGAAACCACAGUCGCCUUACGACCCAAAGGGGCCUGGGAGCGUCCCGCAACGCACACCCUCAUUAGCGAGUGCACAUGAAAAGAUAUUCGUGUCGAAGAUGGCCGACUUGGAAAAUGAAUUACGAGAAAUUAGCUCCGAACUGGCAGGUUCCAUCCGCCGUGAAAUGGAGCUCGAGGACCUCAUUGAACGUCUUCAGCAAGAAGGUCCCGAUAUAAACCGGCGGACGAGUGAUUAUUUUUCCGACUCAGGAACCAGUUCCGUCCGAUAUGCCCCUGAAAUCAAAGCAGAAGAUAUCGAGAAAAUCAAACGAGCAGCGGAGCAGGAACGCGCACAAAUAAAGGUGGAAUUGUCGCAAAAGCUGCAAGAAGAGCGAAUUCAGCGCACAGCAUCUGAAUCGCAUGUUCAAAUACUGGAGAACCAGGUCCAGCAGCUUCGACGCGAUAGAGUGGACUUGUCCGAUCUUUCGUCCAAGACCAGGGAGCUUGAAAUUGCCCUCGAUGAUACUCGCCGCAAAUUGCUUGAGGAGCGGCAAUCUAAAGAUAAUUUUGAAGAUUUACUUACAGCCAUGCGCGUGGAAUUGGAACAGCUGCGAAAUGAAAGAGAUAUCUUCAAGGAAGGGCAAACAGUUCCGGCGGAGACACAGCGCCUGGUUGAAGAAAUUGAAGCUCUCAAGAUCGAGAACGCCUCUUUGGCGCAAUUGCAGGGAUCACGCUUCGCCUCUAUCGCAGAGGAGGACAGCGUUACCUCGAAGAGAAAUUCAGCAUUUGGUGGGGGUCUCACCCGGUCAAACUCCCUUGCUCGCAAGCCUGCCGGCGGUCUAUCUCGAUCGAACUCGCUGUCUCGUGGACAGAAGGGAGAGACUAACGAAUCGCUGGUCGACAAGGUGAAGGAUAUCGAGGGCCAACGGGAUGCUCUUCACCGGACGCUACGAAGCCUUCUUGACCGCCACGCGUUCCAAGCACGCGAAUUCGAAAAGCGAUUCAGACUUACGGAAAUUGAGCUUGCACGAGCCCAGGAGGCCGGUCUUCCCCGGAAAAUUGGUUAUGAACGUGAGGUCCGCGGUCUCCGUGACGAUGUCAACCAUCUCCGCAUGCGCGCUGAAGAUGCCUUGGAUGGAAAGUGGCAGUGUGAGAAGAACUUGGCAGGUCUGAAGAUGGAUCUUGACCGUGCCGAGCAGGAGACUAGCUCUCUCCGCGUGCUUCUGCAGGAGCAUGACAACAACGUCCCCGAAGGACUUGAUCCAGACCAUGAAAGCUUUGCUGAGGUGAUGGCCACGUCGUCUUCGUUGGAGGCGGCUUUCCAGCAAUUGUUGGCAGAUCGUCACCAGGCUGAGCGUGCGGGACCCUCGGAUAGUCUCACUGAAUCCAUGGAGCGAGUGGACGUUCUUGAUGGCGAUGUUCAGCAACAGCUGUCUAAGAACAGCUCACUGCGUAGUCGCCUCGCCAGCGCCAUCGACAAGGGUGAGAGAGACCAGCAAAUUUCCAUCGCCCGCAUCAACGACUUGCAAAGCCGCAUGAAGGAAAUGGAAGAUUCUCUCUUGAUCGCCCAGCAUCAUUCCGAAGAAGAAAUGAGCAAGCAUGAGGACGAGAUCCGCCUGCUGAAGGAAAGCCACAACGCUCAGCUGGUACGCAUGAAGAACGGUGCUCGCACACCUGUCGGUCUCUCCCCCCGACCAGCGAGCACACCCUUCGAUUCGCGCUCGCCGCGGAUCGACAAGACCACGAGCGGAGACGGCGUGCCGCUGGCCGACGUCGUCCAAGCCGAGAUCUUGGAAAAGCGAGUCAAGGACCUGGAAAGACUCCUCCGGGACGCAGACAUGGAGAUGGAAGAAUGUGUGGGACGUAUGAACCGCGUCCAGGUUGAUGUGGCUCAACUUCAAUCUGACAGAGACGAAGCCCUUCGCGAAACUCGCCGUCUUCAGGCGGACAUUCAGGCCGAGCGGGAGGCGCUUCGAGCCCUGAUGGCCUAA